AUGUAUGUACUGUGGAAGCGGACGAGCUGGACCAUUCCCGCAGGGCUGAGUACGUACUGGACGAAAAGGCCGCAGCGACGUUUCCACCAACAUUUCCCCCCUCAAUGCCCAUCUAGAGGCUUCUCGUUGGCGCUAGCACCGUCCGGGCAUAAAUGCGCGCGCAAUCGUAGUCGUGGUCGUCACCCAUGCUGGCGCAGACGCCGUUGA